AUGGUUGACUUCGAUCGAUUUCCUGGUCACGGGCUGGAGGACGGAGGAGCGAAGAAACGAGAAAGCAUCAAUUUGUGGUCAACCAUUGUGGACCCGGUUCUAGAGGCAACAAAAGAAUGUGGCUACUCUCUGACAAAGGAACAGGGGAACAAUGUUCUUCAUGUCACCUUCUCUGGCUGUCAUGUCACUGUUGAGGAGGGUAGAUAUACUCUGUGGCUGCUGUACCGUAACAAUCUGCAACCUGCUGAGGUUGUUGCCGUGUCCUGUGAUGCUGACUCUGACAUGGCCUUGCAAAAACUCAGGCUCCGUCGUUCAGAUGACCAAGAUGACUGUCCCCCAGCUCCAAUGCCACCUAUGACACCAUAUCAAAAGCUGCCUCAGAACUACACACGAGGGGGAUGUACAGCUGAUGGGCAGUUUGUGUUUACUAUUUACUCUAAUGUCACAACUAUCCCUGUGAGCCCCAAAAGUUUGUAUGUGGCAUCCAAGAACCCCUGUAAACCUGCCCAUGCUACUGAUGAAUUUGCCACCUUCAAGUUCUCAGUGACUGACUGUGGAACAAAGACAUAUAGUAUUGGCGAUACCACCAUUUACAUGGCUGAAGUACGGCCAGCCAUCAGGGCACUUAACAUGAAAUAUGGAGUCAUCACCAGAGAUCACCCUGUCAGGCUGAUGGUUGAGUGUAGGUACUCAAAGGUGAGUCCAACAAUGAGGGCAAGUACUGGCUACAUGGUGAUGAACCCAACUGUGCCAGCCUCUGUGAACUCUGGUGGACUACAUGGUGUUCAGCUCAGGAUUGCAGAAGAUGAGACCUUCUCUUCAUUCUCUCCACGUGGUCAUCUGCCAUUGAAGGUUCUCCUGGGUAGACCAUUGUACCUGGAGGUGCGAUUAAAUUCCCCCAAACCUGAGGCCACAUUGCUUGUAAAUUACUGUGUGGCCUACACGCGUUCUGCAACGAAUGCCUUGGUUCUGCUCUAUGAAGGGUGUCCCAACCCUGAUCUUUCCUCUGCACAGUCUUCAUUGCUCCGUGUGCUGGACUUGCCACAGACUCCUUACCAGCGUCGCUUUGUGGUGACUGCCUUCCAGUUCAUGAAUGUCACAACCCAAAAAUACAUCAAUGAGGAGGUGCAGUAUGUCUUGGAGGUUUCUUCAGCUGUCUAUAACUUUGUUAAAUUGUGCACUGAAAUUUCCCUUCUCUCAAUAGAUUUACUUCAUGUGCUCCACUGAAGUGUGUAUGCCUUCUGAGACUCCAUGUCGCAAGACAUGCUUUGAUGGGAAGGUAUGUUGUACAUUUACUUGUAAUGUAGUCAAGGAAGUGUAUUUCACCAAAUUGGUUUGGCAACCAUUGCUGUCAUGAACUAGAGUGGCUAAAAUAACACCACUUUACUACUUCCUAACCAAACUGGAAAAGGACACUGGUGCCUUUUCCCCAUGGGUGAAAUAAUUAUUAAUCUAGCCUUUGUACCACUUAUGAUUGCCAUAGAUGCAUGCCAGACUGAAAGCCUGGGCUGUAUGUGCAUGACUGCAUUCUGCUUCUGACUUUGAACCUGCCACUCAGUGGUAAUUCUGUGGUGAAUGUAUUGCAUAUGAACCCUAAUACUCACUUUUUUUUUUCUUUUCUUUCUAGCCGUAACAGCUUCUUUCCAGUCAAAGGUGGACACGGCUUUCAAUAUUCUCACUAAAGCUUAAUCUUUUUAAACCUCUCUUGUAUGCCUUUUUACUUGUGUGACCUGCCCUUGAUCAUUUUGCCUGUUGUGGUAAAGCUUUGAGCUGCGCUUCAAGAAGUUCUACUCAUGUUAAAGCUAGGCAGUUUUCUAAUCUUAGACCUUUCUAUGUGGCUUGUGGAGAUUUGGUUUGGUUGCUUGAUGCAACAUUAAGACUAGAGAUACACCAAUUAUUCAGAGUGAUAUCAACUGAUUCUGUUAGUUCUGCUUCUUAUACAUUCUUUUAAAUUAAUGAUUUAAAAUUCUGAAAGAAAUGAAGAUAACUUUUUAUUAUUCUCCAUUUCAACAAAUUGUUUCACAGUAACUGGUCUCAUAAACAGAAAAGACAUUACUCAAGUUAACAUUAACACAAACUAAAUUAUGAAGAUUAAGGUAAGAUUUCAUAAUGUUAUUAAUUCAUAUUAACUUUAGCUGACCUAAAAAAAAAAAAAAACAAACCCUGUUAGUCUCACAUUCACUCACCACAAACAAAAGCAUUUCUAGUUCAUCACUGACAUCAAACUGGUAAUGUAUAUUUUAAAAAUUAUAUAUUAACUGGAUAUGAAAUACUACUCUGCAAAUUUUUAUGUACAAUAUUUGUGAACUCCUCCUCAAUGUAAAUCUUUCAGUGGUGUACUGGUCCUUUAAUUCAGUGGGGGUGGGGGGUGUCACAUUACCUUUUCUGGUAAUGUGGCAUAAUAAGAUGGCGUAUCACUUCAACUAUGUGCUUUUUAAUAACAGCAAUGUAAGCCCACAUGCAACAACACACAUUCCUCUGACUUCCUGUGUUACCUCUCAAGUGUCCCCAGAUCUACAUUGCAUGUGCAAACAGUUACACCACAUCUCUCCCUUCUAAGUUUUCCAAAACAGUGAUCAUGAACAUGGCUCUAAUCUCAGCCCUUAAGCCAUUCAUUUCAGAACAUUACCCCUUUUUGCUUAAAAGAAAACUGUACCUUUUUCGCAACACUUCUGGCACUUCCACAAAGUUUUUUUUUUUUUGUUUGUUUGUUUUUGAAUGUCCAUUUUUCAGCUUCUUUUUUUCUUUUAACUUUUUUUUCCUCUUUUCUACAAGUUUAAUUGAUACGGUUUCACCACUUCAUGGCCGGUUCUGGUUCUGACUGUAGAGGAAGCUGGAUCAGGUCCAGGUGUUUGUUUUUCAGGGGAAGACACAGCUGUGUGUGUCGGUGUAGGCAUCUGAGUGUCCUGUGCGCUCAUGGGUUUGUCCAUGGGGAUAAGGUGAUGACAGUUCCACCGAACAGUCCCAUGAGGCACUUCCACCAGGUAUGACUGGUGUGUUGAGUGUUUCCCCCAUCACAGUCCCUGUUACUUUAGCAUCAGUCACCCACACUUGUUCUCACAGUGAGAUGUUUCUGAGCUCGUGUGCUCGGUGACACUUGUUGGAGCAUUUUAAGUCUGCACUUCAUGAAACGACUAGUGCGCUGUCGGGGAACGAUGGGUUCAGUAGAGAUGAGAGUUGGUACAGUAGAAUGGAGUUGGUGUCCCAUUAGCAGUAGAGCUGGACUGAAGCCGUUGUGAAGUGGGUUGACACAAUAUGCCAACGAGGCCAGAUACGGAUCUGCAGCCUUUUUGAGGUUUUUGAUAGUUUGCACUGCCCGCUCCGCCUCUCCAUUGCUUUGGGGGUAUCUUCGACUGCUGGUCACAUGCUUGCAUCAUACAGAUUCAGCGAAGGCUGACAUGCGACUCCCUGAGAACUGCA